AUGGUUGUAACCAACGACCACGAGUUGCCGACUUACGAAGAACUGACGGUGGAAGAAGUGCCCAUCAGCUCGCCAGGUCUCCGUGCCGCUGCUCAUCAUAUUGGAAAAUAUUGCUUGGAUGUAAACGAUGAGUUUAUGAUGUGCAAGCAAGAAACUAAAGAUCCACGUAAAUGCCUGAACGAGGGCAAGGCGGUCACUAGCUGUGCGCUUGAAUUCUUUAGGAAGCUGAAAGGCAAUUGCUUUGAUGAGUUUCAAAUUUAUAGCAACUGUAUCGACAAAUCCAGUAGUCGCAUGGAUUUUGAACCAUGUCGCAAGACACAAGCGGUGUACGACAAAUGCGUGUUUGAAAAAAUGGGCAUUGAGAGACCUGAGCACGGGUUCUUUUGUAAAGCUCGCGUCUACACUGGAAAUCGUCCUAAGCCUCCAGUUAAGGAACCACAAGUGUUUGGUGAUCUGCCAGUUGGUCUCAAAGACUUUAAAGAAGAAGAACGGCCACCCGCAAAAUACGGACAACGUAAUUGGUUUAUCAAGUAA